GUAAGAGGUCAAUACUUCACAGUGCUUGGACAACUACAUUAUUUUUAGAUGAGGAUUUAGAAUGGUUAGAUGAAAGUAGGACUGAAUAACAUUUGGACGAAGCUCAGUUACCGAUCUGCAAUUUAUUGUUGACGAUCAUGCGCGAUCUCUUUACGUGCUACUUGUUAUUUGAGGGUUACAGGGAUGGAUGGAUGGGUUGAUGUAGAUGUGGGUGUGAUUUUGAGGCUGGUCAAACUUUCGAAAGUGCAUGCUUAUAGAUAUAUAAGCUGGAUAUCAUUUGGACAAAAAAACCUACAUCAAAGACAAAAAAAAGAGAGAGGAUUUUCUUCUAUCGUAUACAAGGCUGACCAUAACCUAAUUGGGUUUGAUAUUUGUUUGAGUGUAAUUUUUUAUUUUUGCUUUUUAGUUACUUUUUGAGUUUUUUCUUUUUUGUUCCUUUGCAAAGAAAUGCUUUACUUGAAAAAGUACUUCACAGAGGGUCUUAUUCAGUUCACUAUCCUCCUGAGUCUAAUUGGGGUACGGGUGGACUUGGACACUUAUUUAAACAAUCAGCUCCCCCCACUCCGUGAGAUCAUCCUGGGCCCCAGCUCGGCCUACACCCAGACGCAGUUCCACAAUCUCCGUAACACCCUGGACGGCUAUGGCAUCCAUCCUAAAAGUGUGGACCUGGACCAUUUUUUUGCUACUCGUCGUCUGCUGAACCAGGUGCGCUCCCUGGAUCAUCUGCGUGUGCCCAGCACCGAGCUGAGUGCCUGGCUGGUGCAUCGUGACCCUGAGACUGUGGUUUCGGCAACCAGUCAGUCCGGCCCCAGCAUUGCCCUGGACAAUGGGGGCAGCCUGGAGGACGUGAACAACUCCGAAGCCUCGGCCAUGAGAGGGGCUGGCGAUACUUCUGAGACCACUUACAGCUUGAGCGGAGAGGACAGCCUAGGAGCUGUGGCCCCUGAGGACAGUCAGGAGCAAGGGGAGAGAGAGAGCAGCGACGACCUCUCCAAAGAGGACAUUGACCUCAUAGACAUCCUUUGGAGGCAGGAUAUUGACCUUGGUGCUGGCCGAGAAGUAUUUAACUAUAGCAGUCGGCAGAAGGAGAGUGAAGCUGAUAAACCUAAUGAAGAGAACGAGGAGGCAGGUGGAAGAGAGGAAAGCUGGAGAAAUGGACUUAAUCUCCAAGCAGUGCAGAGCCAAACUCAUGUUGAUGGAGAGACAGGAGAGAGCAUACCUGAAGAGCUUACCAGUCUCGGUGCUCAGACUUCAUUAUCCCUACAGGAAUGUCUGAGGCUUCUGGAGGCAACCUUUCCAUUUGGAGAAGAGCCAGAGUUCCAGGCCACAGGAUCCACCUCACAGCUAAGAGCUCCAGCUGAGGAAGCUCCUUCAACGUCACAAGGGAUCUCCCUACAAAGCCCUUUGUCGCAGUCUGAUACACCACUAGAUCUGGAGCAGCAGUGGCAGGACAUAAUGUCCAUAAUGGAACUGCAGGACAUGGAGGUGAACAAUACUGCAGUAAACGUCAGCAUGAAUAAUGACCCCAAUAACAACAAUACCAGCACCACAGAAUCAGUCACAAUAGGAAGUUUUGGACUCGCACGGUCCACUCUCAUUAACCAGGAUGUUAGUCUUCACCAGGCUUCGCUUCCCAGUUGCAGCCAGGACUUUCCCACACUCUUCAACCCUGAGUUGGAUUCCACUGGUGGACAGCAGCCUACCUUAGUCAGGCUCUCUUCCAGCAACUCCACCAACAUCAAUUCAACAUUUGGAGCUACUAACUUGACCGGACUCUUUCUUCCACCACCUCUAAACAGUACAACCAACAUAACCACCACUGCUGUACUGCCAGAUCCGUUUUCCAGCCUGCUGGAAGAGUCUAUGCUGGAUGAAAUUAGCCUGCUAGACCUUGCGAUGGAAGAGGGCUUCAGCCAAGCCCAGGCUUCUCAGCUCGAGGAUGAGCUCGAUUCAGACUCAGGUCUUUCACUGGACUCCAGCCAUAGCCCGGCCUCUCCUAGCAACUCGGAGACAUCCUGCUCGUCAGCCGCAUCGUCUUCAUCCACCUCUGCUACAUUCUCAGAGGAAGGAGCAGUGGGCUACAGCACCGAUUCAGAGGCAGCUGCAGCAGAAGCGGAGGAAGGAGCCGUCGGAGGCUACCAACCAGAGUAUAGCAAGCUGUGCCGCAUGAGCUACCAAGAUCCGUCUCAGUUCCAUGGCAUACCGCAGUUGGAAAGUGUCAAUCACAACCACACCUACAAUCUACCACUGGCAUCAUCCUACUCUGAGCGCUCUCAGCUGUCUGCAUCCAGCAGCAAGAAAGGCAGAGACAAGCAAAUGCAGCAGACGAAGCUCCAGCCACCACAAGACUAUGUUGACAGGCAGUCGAGUCGUGAUGAACGUAGGGCGAGGGCCAUGGACAUCCCAUUCUCUAAUGAAAAGAUCAUUAACCUCCCCGUUGAGGAGUUCAACGAGCUUCUGGCUAAGCACCAUCUCAACGAGGACCAGCUCUCCCUCAUUCGUGACAUCCGCCGCCGUGGAAAGAACAAAAUGGCAGCGCAGAACUGCCGCAAACGCAAGCUAGACACCAUCCUCAACCUCGAGCAGGGUGUGCAAGACCUGCAACGUGAAAAGGCUCAGCUACUGAAGGAGAAGAUGGAGUACGAUAAGUGCAUCAGACAGACGAAGCAGAAGGUUCAGAGCCUAUCCCGGGAAUUGUUUGCACAGCUGCGGGACGAGGAAGGCAGACCCUACUCGGCCAGCGAGUACUGUCUGCAGUACGGCCCAGACGGCGUUGUCCUCAUGCCUCGCAACAUGACCACAGAACAAAGCAACAAGCCUGACAAGAAGCAGAAGGACAAAAAGAAGUGAGGAGCUCAAACUGCUGCCCUUUUAUUUUUCGCAAAGGCACUACCAUACAAAGUAUUUCGAAAGGCAAAGGAAGCCUUUUUCUUUGAAACGAUUCUGGCGAGGAGAAGAAAAUUGCAUCAUUGAUUACUCUUCCUGCAUUGGGUUUUCUUUGUUCCUUUUCGGUUCAGAAGUUUUCUCUUGAAAGUGGCAUUAAAGCAGACGUGCUUUAUGUAGAACUGAUUUCUCAUUGAUUUACCGUUAAGAUAUGAGCGAAGGGAUACUUUCAGAUGCCAACUGAAGGAACUGUCAAGGAACGUGAGGUCAUGGAGGACACCGACAAGAUGUUCUUAAUUGAAAGAACUGUUCGGUAAUGCUCCCAAAAAUGUAGUCGAUGACAAAAAUACACCAUAUUAAGAUGAUGUUGACUAUGAGGAUGCAAAAAUUGUUACAAUUUCAGCAUUAGCCCAUGCUGUAUUUGUGCAUACCCUGGGAUUUCAUUGGUCAUGGUGGGUGAGGAAGAACCCCUUGAUGCUGAGAGAUGGUUGGGAAAAGAGUCUACUGAAUGCUAGAAGUGAAGCCAAAAGAAACUACAGGCAUGCCAAUACUAACCAAAGGUUGUGUUGUGCAGUUGUCUUGUUCCCAUAACGAAUCAUACAGGUCACUCCAUGGAUCUAAAUUCCCGUUUUCACUUGCAAAAGAACAAAAUAAGUCUGUCUUAUUGGACAGCAAACUCACCUGAAAUUUAUCUGGAGGGUCAUUGCCAUUUGCCAAGGAACUUGGACAGCGAAACAAAUAGUUCUAAAGAGUGAGUAUGAAUUUAGCUUUGGCUUUAGGGAAAGCAUUGGAGGUACAGAUAGAGGAUGGAUACACAUUGCAUUACUAAUAAAUCCGCUUCUGUACCCUUUUCAGCACUGUAAAUCAACACUGUAGUUUGCCUAUAAGCUUUUUUCCUCUUCUGCUGGGGAAAGGGUCUCUCAGGCCCUCUUGUCAGCUUUUAAUGUUACUCUCUCCCAUGUGCAUAAACUUUUUAAUAAGCCAUCAGACAUGGACAUCAGUGCAGUUUGAAUCAUGUGAUUAGGUCUGGUGUGUCUUGGUAUACAGGAUUAAUUGAAGCAAACUGAUUCAUUUGCUUUUAAAGUUCAUGUUUAGCCUUUGUUGCAGGUCAAAAUGCUCUGUUGCUAUUGCAACUUAUGCCAGUGACUUUUUUCUGUCGUAGUGGAGGAACGUAACAAUGUGCUUUUGUUUCAGUUGUACUGUCACCUAAAAAAGGAACAAAAUACUCACCAAAAAUACACAAAUAGUAGCAGGCACAGCUCAUUCUUACAUUUAAACUGAUGUGACGUGAACUUGAUUUUUUUUAUUUUCUUUUACCUAAUACACUACUUCAUCAAAAGUACCUUCAUUGCUAAUUGAGUGAAGCCACGAAUGGUCUCCUGGCAAAUUUAAGAGGUUAAGCUUGUGCCAGUAACCAACUGGAUCAUGCUUUACUUCAGCCUGAGGACACAGCUGACCUUAUACACUGACAUAUCAAUGAAUGGGUAGAAAAAAACAGUAAUGCUGAUGUGAAUGUCUAAUUUACAUAAUGUUCAACUUCAUCCUGUUCUGUCAGUCUGUCGUUUCCAUCUACAAUGUUCAUAAAGCACCAUGAGACACGGUCAGUGUCCGUUUUGGUGCGACAUGAAUAAAUAUGCAAGAAAAAGUCAUUUUUUGUCUCAGAAAUGGAAAGGAGACAAUCUUUAUGUUACUGGUUACAAAUACUUAGCAUAGUUCGGGUAGAGAUAAUGAAAAUGAGUGAUUCGUUCACUUAGAUCAGUGUGUUCUCGAACCUACCCUGUGGAACCCUAACACUGCACAUUUUGGAUGUCUCCCUUAUCGGAUAUGCCCAGUUCAAGUCUCUACUAAUGAGCUGGUGAGUUGAAUCAGGUGUGUUAGAUGAGGGAGACGGCCAACAUGUGAAGUGGUGGGGGUCCCAAGGACAGGUUUGAGAAGCACUGGCUCGAGAAUCCCUGUUACAAUGUCAUAACUACUUGCCAUUAAGCACUGUUGUUUUUGUUUGUCUUGUUUGGUUUGUAAAUAUUUUUGUGUUCUGUAUGUCUCUCGUCCUAAUUGCUUGGUUUAGCCAAGCCUUUUUGCACCUUCUUUGAAUUUGCCUGUUGAGUAUUCCUAUAUGAUUUCUGUUGAGAGAUUUGCUGGCAAUCUGGAAUUGUUCUUUUAUUAAUUAUAAUAAACCUUUGUUUCAUUUC